CAAAUUCGAUCGGUUCUUCCAUAUCGCUGCACUUAAUCCGCCUGAGAAGAUGAAAUAUCAAAUGAGGAUCUUAAAAAUAGCUCGGCUCACACGAAGAUGGGCAGUUCCUCAUCGGUUUAAUCCAGGACCCUCAGCCUCAAAAUUGUGUCUUCUAGUACUAGCUGUUAUCCGUGUGACCGCAGUAUAUGUACACGAGCGCAGCCGUGCCGCUUGCUGUAGCAAGGGCCACAGACUCUAGAGCAGGGGAAGGAGGUGAGUGGGAAAGGAGGGAAAGGGGAAGGGAGCGAGCGGGAGAGGGGGGACGCAGAAAAGAGGGGGGGAGCCCGAAAGGGGGGGGGGAGGGGCAGGAAGGUGGAAGGAGGGGGGGAGCCGGGAAGGCGCUGCCAAAGAGAAGGAGAGAAAGCAGCAACGGGCUAAAAGGAAAGGGAGAAGAGGAGCAAAGACAAAGACGUGGAAACAGGGGAAAACGCUUUAAAGAGGGGUGAGCAGCAGGGGGGAAACGGGGGGUAAUGCGAAAAAAGACGGGCAUGCCAGGGCAGAGAGGUAGAGAGAAGAGCGGAAAUAGGAAGCAGGCGGCAUUGAUGGGAAUUCGGGGGGUUUGUUCCUCACGGUAGAAGGAAUUCUCCGGACAUGAGGUUCCCAGAUGAUUUCUGAUAAGCAGUCUACGGCGUACUGCUCCACAGGAGGAAGCUUUUAGUAGAAUUCCGUGCUCCGUCGGGUCAUGAAUCUUAUCGUAUCUAGUAUGUUCCACAUCGGUUUAACACGAUGCGCAGUCCCUCAUCAGUUUACUCCAGGAUCCUCAGCCUCAAAAUGGUGUCUUCUCGUAUAAACCAAAGAAGAAAUCGGCUUGGAAAAAGUUACGCACACGACGACCCCACGCAAGGAUCCAUCUCGGAAAUGAAUUCGAUCAACGAAGAUAAGAUCUGCGCAAGAAGUAUACUCAAAGGCUUUGCCAUCUGUCGGUCAAGCAAGUACAACGAAGCAUCGGUAUAGAAAGAUGAAUAAGCUUAAGCUGCAGAAUGAUCCAUCGCUAUCAGGAACGAGUGACAACAUUUAGAGCUGUAGAGCCCUUGGCUCCUACGAUUAGCCUCUCAUCCUUCAGUUAGUUUAUUUUGGUGCAUUGGAAGCGAAUCUGAUUUAACGCAAAGAAUAAGUAUUCUUUCUUGUCUUGUGCUACGCUGGAUCGAAAUCAUUUGUAAAAAAAAGCAACACUACUUUUUUUCCUACCACGGAAGCUACGAACUCAGACUCUGAAGCCAUCGACAGUUUUGAUGUCUACGAAGGCAGUUGCAGUUCGUUCCAGUGAAAGUAGAAUGUUGGUUACCACGAAAAACAAGGCGUCUGGCGGCCACGUCAUGCUCUCGGCUCUGGCCGUGUUGGGGGCCGCGUACUCCGCGCCCGGCCUUGUGAACGGUGCGGGCUUGCGCCCCGCAGGUGCGACAUCUAAUUCUGAAGAUCCGCCAGCAAUCCGCGUAUAUCUUGGACUUGGCGGAAGCGUCGGUGGGACCUUGCCCAGGAGGCUCGACGCCUCUACGGCGGCACGUAUGCUACACGACAUGGCUUCGGGGCUAGCGCUAGUGCCAGCAAAUGACAAAAUCGUUUACAACGGCCUUGCAUGUCAGACUCAGACAGUUGAUAGUUUGUUGCAGGGCCGUGCGGAGGAUUUGGGCACUAUCCUCCCACCCGGCACUGAGGAGAUUAACUUAUUCGCUGGAAUGCCGGACUUGCUUGAGGAGAUGCCUGCCGAAGGUGCGAGCCUUGGCCUUCCUGUCGAUGGUGCAAUGGAUGAUGAAGGCCAACUGGAGCAAAUCUGCGAGGUCUUGCAAAUCAACGCGGAGGACUUGCUCGAGGAUCGGUACGCCGCACGGGCUAGAAAGAAGCACAAGCUCUCGGGAACUAAACUCGAGGACUAUCUCGCGCAUCUGCGCACGCAAGCGGAAGAGCACGUGAAGCGCACUCUUCCGGCCAUCGGCAAGGAGAAAAACCCGGAACGCAAAUUGGACCACCAGCGCAAGUUGGUCAAGCUCAUUUUUGCUUGGCGGAAUUUAAACGGGUCCAAGGGCUGGGCGGGGUUUCCGGAUAUUGAGGAAACUAGACUGAUUCAGAUUAGCGCCUUUGCGAUUAUGGCGCUCUUCGGACACGCGCGAGCCAGCGAGCACGGCCAGAGCUACCCUUUUUUGUCGCCAACCCAGCUCGCGUUCAGCCACUUGUGUAGGUACUACGUCUUAGUGAAAGGGGAGUUUCGCGACGCUUUGAAGUCUGCCUGGGUCGCCCCGUUACCGGAAUUCCCUCGCGCGGAUCUUCAGGCAUCGGAUCAUCCCCGUCGGAUCUUCAGGCAUCUAAUAACCAACGUAGGUGGAAUCGACAUGAGCAUGGCUGCCCUCGAACGAUCCGCGAAGCGCUUAAUGGAGAACGCAGCCCCCCCUCUCUCCCCUGCUGCUGACUGGGAAUCACUACUACUACUAACGAAACAGGAUCAAGCGAGGGUAGCAAGCUAUCUAGAGGACAUCGAAGCGCUGGCGUCCAGAGUCGAGCUUGGCGGUCCCGUCCGCUUUUUUGAUGUCGAUGGCAUACUGAUAACGGCAACCCGAGUGGGUUGGUCCGAAGAGCAAGAAGACGUCGACGAGUUUGCGGAAAAGUUCCACUUGGAUGCUACCGGGUUUGGGGAUCAACAUAGUGAACAUUUGCUCACAUAUGACCAGAUCCAGUCCGCGCGCGCGCACGCCGUAGAAGUAGAGUAUGGAUCUGUCAGGAUUGAAAUCGUCAAAGUUGAAAUGAUUUGCGGCCAUGCAUAAAAUGCAAGGCAUAAAGUGCCUGCCUUGCCGGGAUGGCAAGGGGGGCAGAUUGUGAGCCUAUUUAGGGUUUGGGAUAGAGCUGCUAAAAGAGCAUGACAAAAGCAGUCUUCUGUGCCCAAACAGCAUGACAAAUUGGAUUCCGGUGCUCCGAAGAUUUGUCAUGCGCCGCUUGAAAAUUGGGCUUCCAACUGGUAUCCAUUUUAUGCAUGGCAAAUCAUUUCAACUUUGACGAUUUCAAGCCUGACGCUUCCAUAUAGAACAAGGCAAGUCUAAGUUCGGCCAGUUUGUGCUCGAGAAGCUGAAGAGCGAUCUGGAUGAGAAGGUGGAAAUCAUCAUGAGAGCGGAGAAGGCUCGUCGCUGCGCUUCUUCGACCCAUGAGCCAAACCGGGAAGCUACAACUACAAGUGAAGCGAAUACGCAGCCCGCCGGUCGUACGGCGAGUACUACCGUGCUGUCCCAGACCAAGGCCGCUGUCAAGUUCAGGGCCAAGCGUGAGCGACGGCGUCGGGUUCGGCAGUACGCUUCUUCGCGCCGUGCGGUAUGGAUUGUAAAAAUGUCUGGGUCUGGAAGAGUGCGCGAUUUGUCAUGCAGCUUUUCCAUGACCCAUGAGAUGACCAUGAGGUCUGGAAUGCAGGUUCUAGCAUGACAGAUUCUGUGCGAUCUCUCUCAUGCCUCUCCUGCAUGAGAAACUUCCUCCCGACUUGCUCUGGUAAUCAUGCAGCACAGAUUUUUGCAUGCUUUUUACUUCAAUUCAAUUCAAUUCAGAUUUAGCAUGACAAGUUGCAAUCUUCCAGACCCAGACACUUUUACAUUUGAUACGCAGGUCCUCCGAGCACUUCUCGUGAAGCGGUUAUUUCCCCAAGCGGGUCAACGUCUGAAGCCUUCCUUUGAGGCGUAGGCCUUCGGAAAGCCUCUCUUAUUUGAACUUGUUACGCGAUCUAUCUCCUUUCGAAGAAUUUCCUUUUGUUUCCGCACAACAACCAAAAGAGCACUGCGCCACUCAUUGCAGAGCUUUGUAGGUUUAUGGUCAGGCCGUAGCAAGAAGUCAUGGCGUUCUGAAGAAGGAAAGAGUUGUGAUGUUUGCGAGGAGCUCGCGAUGAAGAGCUGGCGAAUGGAGGAGAGUUCUUUUGAUCUUGAUCGAGAAUUACUAAACAUUCAUCUCGUCUUAGGCGACGAGGACGCCGACGAAAAAGAAGAACGACGAACAAAAAAGUAGCUUCCAGCCCUCCGCAAUUUUUUGCCGAUCACGAAAAACAGUUUGACGCACUACCGAACCACGAACGCAGCGCCGUUUUUGCGUUUUUUGCCUUCUUCAGGAUAUUGAUAUAUAUUAUAAGGAGCAGCUACUAAAGAUAAAGAAAAUCAGUUAGCAAGAUAUUGCAGUGCCUGAAGUUCAGGCAACAGGUACAGCGUAGCUCAGGUAGCGCCAGUGACUAAAAAAGUCAGCGCCUGAAGUUCAGGUAACAGAUAGCAAGCUAGCAGCAGUUAGUUUACUAAAAGAAAUUCUGUGACGGUGCCGUUGCGUGUCCCGAUCAUGUUCAAGAACUGCCAGCACUAAGGACGCGCGACGCACCACCGAACCACGAACGCAGCGCCGUUUUUGCGUUUUUUCCCUUCAGGAUAAGGGGCAGCUACUAAAAAAAAAUCAGUUCGCAGGAUACUUCAACGCCUGAAGUUCAGGCAACA